AUGCGGCCCAGGAGGAGAAAAAGCCGGGCGCCCCCCCAUCCCCCCCCUGGGCCCCCCCCUCGCCUCUCCCUCCCCCUCCCCCCGGCCUCCCUCAGCCUCCCCAGCGAGGGCACCAGAAGCCGCGUGCUUAGCAAGGCUGCCAAUAAAACCUCCAGGGUCAGCCUUAACCCGCCUGGUUCCUGGGCUCUGCUGAGGGAGGCGGGUUCUGGGGCCCUUCACCCCCCGCCCCUCGGGCUCCCUCUGGGCUUCAUGUUGGGGGCUGGCUCCCCAGCCCCUUCCGACCCCGCCCCGAAGAGCGGCUGCAGCCUCCGAUCUGUCCGGUGGGCACAUUCCCAUCCCAGCAGGCGGGAGAACUCCAGGGAGCGCAGGGGAAGCCAGCGCACAACGCUCGGAGCCGCCGCUCUCCCUGCCAGAGCCUGGGAAGAGCCUUCUCCGGCGCUGGCUCCGAGCGUCCCGGCGCUGUCCAGGGCACCACCGGCUCUCCGACCCCCCCCCCCCUGCUCUCCCCCCUCCCCAGGGCCCACAGCCCCCUCUGGGCCUCAGCCCCCCCCCCCCCCAGCUUCCACACUGCCCGGCCCCCAAUCCAAAGUCCUCCGUGCUCCCUCUUGCCUCUGGGACAAAAGCCAGCGCCCCCUCUGGCCCCUCCGGGGGCUCACCUGUCCUGGACGGCUUCCCAUCACCCCCUGGGCGCGCUCCGUCCCCACCAAACUGGCCCCGAGUGACAGCCGCCUGUGCCCGGGCCGGGCUCUGCCCUCGGGUGCCCAGCUUUGGUCCCCUGGGGGCGCCUUUCCUGGCCUGAGGAGCUCCGCCUGCUGCGCGGAGGAGGGGCAGAGAGGCCUGUGGGGGCGCAAGGACCCUCCUCUGCCUAGGAGCCUGCCCGCCGUGCGCAUUAACAGGACAGGAAGAUGGACGGCGCCCAGGACAGUCUACCAGUACCAUGCCAGGAAACGGAAUCGCUUCCAUUUGGAUCGUCGUAGGACGAUUCUGAAGAUCGGCUAG